AUGACGGACGAUCAAGAAUUGCAACCGGAUGUUUCCGAAAAUGAAGAACAAGAGAAUAGAUCAGUGAAAAAUGGCAACGAUUUGUCUGAACUAUCAUUAUCGUCAGCAUCUGAAAUCGAUCCAGAAGAAAAAGAGAUUGAAGAAGAAAUACAAAAUGAUGACCUUUCACCACAAGUUCAUGACCAAGUCGAUGAAAUUCUUCACAUUAAUGAAAAUACGAAAGAAGAAGAAGAAGAACAAGAAGAAGAAGAUGAACUUACAAAAUUUAUCAAUCGAGCUAAACAUCAAGGUUUUAAUUGUCUCGAUCUUUCAAAAAAGAACAUUGCUCAAUUUCCUACACCAUUAUUAGAAUUUCCUUCAUUGCAAUAUUUGUAUUUAGAAGGUAAUGGAAUCACAAAAUUACCCGAUCAUUUAUUUCUUCAAUUACCAAAUUUAAAAUGGAUUGAUCUACGCAACAAUAAAAUAACUCGAAUUCCAGGCAUUGGUCUCGAUAAAAAUGCUUCAUUACGUUAUUUAUUAUUAAGUGGAAAUUUAAUUCGAACGUUACCUGUUGAACUUGGUAAAGUAAAAGGCUUAGCAGCACUUAAUCUUGAUGGGAAUCCAUUAGAACAUCCACCAUUGGACAUUGUGAAACAAGGUAUUAAAGCCAUUCAACAAUAUUUACGUGAUGAACAUAUUCGCGAGUCAAAAUGUGCAAAUGAAAAACUUGAUUCCGACGAUGAAUAUUAUGAAGUCGAACGGCAAACUCUUAUAGUACCAGAUGUUUGGGCAUCAUCCGACGAAGAAAAUGAAGAUCAACGACGAAUAUCAAGAUCCGAAGCUAGUCACUAUAAAUCAGCUGCUACAAAUCCGUUAACUAUUCAUCUACAAUCAUGUAUACGUCAUCACAGAGUGAGUUAUUCGGAGAUGCGUAUGCAUCAUCUGCCAUCAGGUCGACGACGAGUUCACUCUGAUAUCAAGCUACCUCGAUUAAAACCAAAGCCAAUAACAAAAAAAAACAAUCAACCAACAAAAACAAUAUCAAAUGAUCCAGAGGGAGAUGCCUAUGUAGCUCGCGCACAUGAAGAGCAACGACUUCGUUGUAUGAAACAUCGUAAUAUGAAAAUUACUGAAGAAUUAGAAAAAGUGAAAAGUAAAGAUUUAUUACAUGAAUGGAAAGAAGAUUAUCGUUCUACUCAACAACAAUUACGUCGAAAACGUCUUGUUAAAGGAAAAGAUUAUCAAGAAGCAGUCGCACAAGCUCCAUUUGGUAUUGAUCCACAUUAUAUAUCAGUUAUGGACAAAGAUCAACAAGAAUUUGUCGAAAAAGCAAUCAGAUAUGAAAGUCGACGAAAUCGUUCGCCGGAAAGUGCCAUGCGAGACGAAGAAGAAAGACGCAUACGUGAUCGACAAGUUCAAGAACGCAUACGUGAAAUUACUGGUAAAAUAAUAAAACGUCGUGGUGAAGUACGUGGAAAUGCCUCCGAUGAAAAACGACAAGCAGAAGUCGAACUACGCGAACUAAGAAAACUUGAAACUGAAAUCAAACAACGUCGUACUCAAAUCGACACUCGUUUUAAAGCAUAUACUGGUGAUGUAAAAGCUCGAAAAAAAUUGUGA